UGCAAAACACACACACACCCACACACACACCCCCCUCUCGCACGCACGCACGCCCGUCGCGCCCGUCGCGCCGUGCCGAGCGCCACAUGCGCACUGACGGCGAGCACGCUCGGCCGUGCGCGCGCGCGCGUGCGUCUCUCUCUUCCCCCCUCCGAAGUGCGUCCCGCCCGGUCACAAGCAUGUAGAGGCGUGCCGCUAACGCACCCCGCCGUGUCCGCUGCGCCGGCUGGCACGGCUCGGUCCUCCUCGGCAGCCGUCUCGGCCCGGCGGCCCCCACGAGCCGCCGCCGCCGCCGCCGCUGUCACGCGCGUCGGCGCUCACCGGAGGGGCACUCGCUCCAGCCAUGAGCAGCUGCUUCGGCAAGGACCGGGAUGCGCGCCGCAUCGAGGAGUGGAAGCGGCGCAACCAGAAGCUGGCGUGCCGUGACGACGCCGUCUCAGGCCUCCUCCGCCACCCUCUUCUCCGCCCCCUACAAGACUAACGGCGACGAGAUCUCGAGCCGCCUGGAGAGCACGCUGGGAAGCUACGACGAGAUGAAGGACAUCAUCAUUCACCAGUCCAACCAGAGUCACCUGGUCGGCGUCGCCAAGCCAGCCGGAGGAUCUGGACAGUCCGGGGGAGGGUCCGCGGACACCACAACAACCGGCGGUGCGGAGAAGACCCGGCCGGGCGUGCCGGCGACGUUGGACUCCUGCAGGUGGGGCGCAGCCCGCAUCGCGCAGGGAUCUCGGCUCAGCUUCGGCCAGCGGGUCCAGUCGUCUCCAGCAGCAGCAGCGCCGGGGGACUCACGGGCACCCUGAGACGCAGCACAACGGGACGCGGCCUGCCACCAUCGACCCGGAAUCAACGUCGACUUCAUCAUCAUC